AACGCCAGGCUUCCUGGGAGGGACAGUUCUCCUUUCUGCGGGGACGCUGCUGUGACACCCUUGACGAGAAAAAUCUGCCUCAGACUGCCAACACCCUGUGUGUCUGUCUGUCCGGAGGGCACCCAGGUCUCCUCCAUCCUCACGGCCUGGACCGCAGGGAGGAGACGCCAUGGCCCCCACCCUCCCCGCCCUGCUCUGCCUCGGGCUGAGUGUGGGCCUGAGGACCCAGGUGCAGGCUGAGACCCUCCCCAAACCCACCAUCUGGGCUGAGCCGGGCUCUGUGGUCCCCUGCGGGAGCUCUGUGACCAUCUGGUGUCAGGGGCCCCCAAAUGCCAAAAGCUUCAGUCUGAACCAAGAGGGCAUCUCAGCCCCCUGGAACACACAGCCCCUACUCAAGCCCUGGGACAAGGCCAACUUCUCCAUCCUGAACAUCAAAGAGCAGCAGGCAGGGAGAUACCACUGCUCUUACUUCAUCGGAUUUAACUGGUCAGAGCCCAGCGACCCCCUGGAGCUCCUGGUGGCAGGAGAGGAGCCAGCGGGUCAGUCAGGGACCAGACUCUGCACAGACCCCACCGGACCGCUCAGAGACAGACCCUCCCUCUCGGCGUGGCCGGGCCCCUCGGUGGCCCCGGGGGAGAACGUGACCCUGCUGUGUCAGUCGGGAAACAGGACGGACACUUUCCUUCUGUCCCAGGAGGGGGCAGCUCAUCGGCCCCUGCGUCUUCGCGCCCAGGACCAUGACGGGCAGUUCCGGGCCGAAUUCUCCUUGAGUCCUGUGAGCUCGGCCCACGGGGGCACCUACAGGUGCUACCGCGCGCUCAGCACAGACCCCUACCUGCUGUCCCAGGCCAGCGAGCCCCUGGCGCUUCUGGUCUCAGACUACACGGUGCAGAAUCUCAUCCGGAUGGGCCUCGCGGCCUCAGUCCUGCUGCUCCUCGGGGUCCUGCUCUGCCAGGCUCGGCACGACCGCAAAGAAGCCCGAGACGCGGCCCGGAGCUGAGCACCGGGACCCCGCGACGCGAGCUUCCGGCCCAGGAGCUCGGGAAGAGUCUCUGCUGCGCGUGCUGGGUGCGCUGUCUGCGGAGACCCUGGGGGAGAGACGCGCCGCGGAGCGGGAGAAGGCCCGGGCGUCCCUGGGGGGCUGGGGGCUUGGCCUCAGCUCACCGGGGCCCCUCCCUCCCGGGGGGGACGCCCCGACUCCCGGCUUCUCCCACCCCCAGCCCGAGGCGCAUCCCAGUGACAGGGGAGGGUCCUCACCCUGCAGGCCCGCAGGCUCUGUCGUCUCCCCUGGAGGACGUGAGCCUCAUUGUUCAUGCCCGCCUUCUCUGGUGUGCGCAAUGACCUCCACCCCUUCGCUCAGAAACAGAAUGAUGUGGACUUCUCCAGGGCUCCAGAGGUUAAAACUCCGCCUGCCAGUGCAGGAGCUCGGGUCUGAUCCCUGGUCCCGGAAGACCCCAGCUAAGCCUGUGUGCCCCAACGUCUGAGCCCUCUGCCCCCGCGCUCUGCACCAGGGCCACCCUGGGCCGCAACCGGAGAGUAACCGCCACGCUUCACACCCAACGAGAAGCCCGGGGGCAGCAGCAGUGAAGACCCAGGACAGCCAAAAACAAAUACUCAAAUAAAUACUUUUUUAUAUAAAACAAACAGAUUGUCAUGUAAGAAACUGAAUAAAUGGGUGGAAGUGGGGCCCCAUUGGGAACAGAUGGAUCCAGAACUCUUCCCUGGACCCCCAGACCCCUCACGCCCUGCUCUCCUCAUCAGAUGACACCCGUGUGGUUUCUGCAGACCCCACCGCUGCGAGGGGACACCCUGACGUUUGAAGUGACAGCCAGGUGCUGUGCUGGUAAACGGCUAAGGAAUACAACAUUUUAUAAGGAC